UCCAGACGCCCUAGUGUCAAAGGUCAUGAGAGUAAGGCAAAUAUUGUUUCUCAAGUCGAGUCAAGCUUGUUGACCAGAAGUUUACGUGACCCGUUGGAGAAAACUGACCCGUACUGGACUGUCUUGUCAACAUGCCUAGUUGACUCAAACCUCUGCGGUAGUCUUGAGAGGAGGUAUGUCGGUUUGGAACGCAGGAAAAUGCCUUUUAUGGGGGUCUACUUUUGUUUAGAUUUAUGGCGACUUCCCUUUUUGACGUGGGGAGGGCAGUGAACUUUCCCGUGUAACUCUCUAAGUGGCUGAAUGUGUGAUUAUGGGAAAAGGGCGACGCCACAACGGCAACGAUCAGUCCAAUGGAAGGAGAGCGAGACGAGACGAACCUCGGAGGACAGGUAGACCGACUAGAACCGAGAGUUACCGAGCCAGGGCCCGAUUACGCCACGACUUCAGCCGCCUGGCGUCGCCGAACGUUUCCCGUCAGGGCGGGCAAGGUGUGGUGUUGUCCUCGGUCGGUACCCUUGGCCAGCGGGCACAGAGAGGAUGUCCGUGCGAGAACCCUGGCCCCAUGGCACUCUUCUUCGUUGCAUUCCUGAUAUUUCUACCCGGAGCGAUCAUGACGGCGAACGGGUACGGCGAACCCGAAGCCAUCGCCCGACGAGACCCUCUCCUUAUCGUCGGACCAGUUUCUAUCGGUGUUUCUAUAUUGUUGAUGUUGCUGUCGUGUGGGUGGAACCUUUAUAUUCAGAAUAACGAAAAUGACAAUUUGAACAUAGACGUAGAACUAGGUGAAGACUGUGGCCCGGCCUCCCCAGACCCUGCCAGCUUCUCGCCGCCGCCAAGUUACGAUACGAUCGUACACGAGGAUGAAAACAGGUUCAGCUUCCCCGAUCAACCGACAAUUCAUCAAGAGGAAGUCCCGGAAGAGACCGUGCCGUCGGUGCAGACACCCCCAGCUCCACGCGUUGUUUUAACACUUGUCGAAAUUCCCAAUGAUAAUUGCACAGACACUGGCGAUGCUACUAGCGACUAUGACCCUUGGGUUGCGAGGGAAGACUUAGAAGACAUCGACGAGGAUAUUGUUCAUCCUCCGCCGUCCUACACCCCAGCUGACCAAACAUGCACAGCUUCGUCGGAAACUCUGGACGACGUGUUUGAAGAAGAGGACGAGGAUAUAGUCCAUCCGCCGCCGUCUUACGACGAAGUUAUGCACGUCAUACACGAGAGAAGUGACGACGUAUAACAUCAGCAAACAUCCACAUUCAACAACAGUCGCUCGUGAAACAGUACAGACAAGUGCAAUGUGGAUGUUGAUGUUUCAAAUUGCAAGCCUUUGGCUGAAAUGAGAUAAGCAAGGAGCUAGCCGAUCUAUGGGGCGUAAAUAGCGCCGCCUAUAAAUAUGUGACUUUCGCCAUUUUGUUGGCAAUAUGAUGACGGUGCCCGUUGGCGCACCGUAUUAUUUUUUAAAACUCGAGUGAUUAGUAGCUGGUAUACGAAAUUAAACCUUUUUUCAUUUCAAUAUGCAGAUGAAAUAUGGUGCAAGGAAUAUAUACCUAGUCCUGAUUGUAUAAUGGUUGAACACUUAGUGACUCUCGUGAAGUACGCGUGUGGCGCGGCCCUCUACAUUGGCUGUUUCUGGGCUCCUUGCCAAAGGUCUGGAGAUGGAGACUGAGAAUGCCUCCUUUUGGAGAAAAAUCCUCAGACAUUCCAGAGUUAGAUUUAUCUACGGUAGAUACAUAGUAAAAACACUCUUCCGAUUUCUCCAAGAAAAACACGUAAACUUUUGCGUGUAAAUAUGACUGUUAUGGAUACACUAGGACCUUAUAGGGCCGGCACUUGAAGUAUCAUAGGAGUACUUAAGAACUAGUAG